AGAAAAUCUCAUUCUUUCGACCUGUCAAUUACAGCUGUGUGUUUUUAUCACCUGUAGUAAUAAUUGUUACGUAUUUUGUAUGUGAAAAUUUUAUUUAUUGUAAAUUAUUUAACAAAAUUAUUUAUAAAUCGAUGUUUUAAAUGGUUAAAUUAGUUUAAUUAAAAUCAAAGGCCAAAACGAACAUAAAUUUAAAGUUUUAGUGCUUCCUCUCUCGUCGUCGCUAGGAUUUCCUUGCGACGGUCGAACCCCUCGCCUAGGCAUUUCUUCCUGUUUUCGUGCAGGGCUUCUCCCUCGGUUUCUAUUUUCGUUUCUUCCCAUGGCUCAUCCGCUUAUGUUGGCCUGGACUCAUUGCAAUCUCGGAGAGGUUUAUUUGUUUUUUGAGUCAACUAAAUCGUGCCUCCAACAAAUGCCGAACUCUGCUUUGCUCCUUGCAUCACAGCAAUCGACGAUGGAGAUGAUUUUGUUCCGAAUAGAUCUAGGGUUGGCUCACUGUUUCGCAUGCAAUUGUGCUGAGAGAAGGGGUGGCUUGAAUCUGUUUUGGCAGGAUGAGUUUGCCGUUCAAAUUUCCUCUUUCUCGCCAUUAUUAGAUCUAGGGUGGGCUUUGCUGUUCUUUGAGCAAUUGUGCCGAGAGAAGCCAUCUCACAUUGAGGUUGUAAUAGUAGAUCCGGGUGGAUGUCAAUGGCCUUUAACAGGGUUUUCCGGCCAACUAGAGACGAAUUCCCCUCUGCUUUGGCUACGUUUAGGUGCCAUCAAUGCUACCUUGAGCAAAUCGGAAAAGGAGAGGGGCAUUCUCUUCUUCUGGUUGGGUUCUGCGUGGGGGGAUAUAAGCGGGUUUUGGUGUGGAAGGUCAAAUUUCCAUGCUGUGAAGGAAGAUGAUGGUGUUCUAUAAGGGUAGCAUGGCCCUCAAGCUGAUAAAGGGGCUCUAGAUCCCUUAUUAACCUAUGAUAGCCAGGGAUUGUUGAGGAUUGGAACAGAUGGGCAUAUGUUUGGAUGCACUUGCAGACGAAUAAGGUACUUGACGACUGCACAGAGGAGGACCACACCCCUCCUCUUGCUUAUUAUUUUUUAAGAAAUAGCUUGGAUGGCA